UGCUUGGGUACUACUUCCAGACUCUUAGUUGCCUGUUUCUCAGCUCACCUCUGAAAUCCAUAGCAUUAUGCCCCCAAAGAAGAUCGAGCCCAAGAAGCCAGAGCCCAAAAAGCCAGAGGUGAAGAAGGAUGCGGCUCCAGUGAGUAAGCCGGCACCGCCUCCGGAACCAGAGCCCCAAGUUCCCAAGGAACCAGACUUUGACCCCAAGAGCAUCACUCUUGAGUACACCUCUGAGCAGAUCGAGGAGUUCAAGGAGGCGUUCACCUUGUUUGACCGCACACCCACUGGAGAGAUGAAGAUUACGUACGGCCAGUGCGGGGAUGUGAUGCGGGCUUUGGGCCAGAACCCUACAAAUGCAGAUGUGCUGAAGGUACUCGGGAAACCACGACCAGAGGACAUGAGCACCAAAAUGGUGGACUUUGAGACCUUCUUGCCGAUGCUGCAACACAUCUCGCGAGCAAAAGACAAAGGCAACUUUGAAGAUUUUGUGGAGGGGCUCCGGGUUUUUGACAAAGAAGGGAACGGCACCAUCAUGGGAGCGGAGCUGCGUCACGUGCUGGCUACGCUGGGAGAGAGGAUGACCGAAGACGAAGUCGACAGACUGAUGUCGGGGCAGGAGGACGCCAACGGGUGCAUUAACUACGCCUCCUUUGUAAAGCAUAUUCUCUCCGGGUGAAUCGGACAUUAAAAAUAAAGACUUCACUGAUAUAAUCGCAUUCUGGAUACUUGUUGAAUGAUUGUCAUUUUAGUGACGAGCAUCUCACUGUGCAUGAAAUUAUUCUGAAGCUGUCACCGGUGAACAAUCAGUGAAAGAAUGUUGCCUGUAAAACCCCAUGAUUUGUUUUUGUAAACUCUCUGAAAUUUAAUGAAAUGCCAAAGAGAAAAUAUGGACAGCCAUUAACAAGGAGACAUUACAAAUAAAAUGUCAUUGCAAACAGC